AUGGCUUUUAUCCACCGCCGCCUCCUCCAGGGCGGCCACGGGCGUCUGCACGUCCUGUCGGCGGCGACGGCCGGCGACCAGACGGACGGCAUAGACGCCGCCGGCCUGCGCGUCGCGCGCGAGAUCGAGGCGGCCUGCGACGCCAUCGGCCCGAGCGGCUCGCUCUCCAUCGUGGCGCACUCCAACGGAGGGCUCGUUGGCCGGUGGGCGCUGGGAGAGCUGCUCGAGCCCGCGACGGAGGCGCGAGGGCUGCUUGAUCGUUGGAGGCCGCAGCUCUUCCUCACGCUCGCCUCCCCGCACCUGGGCGUCUUCCCGUUCGGCCUCUUUUGGAGCGAGCGGCUCGUGCGCCGCGUCGCGAGCCUCGGCUACUUCGGCACCGCCGGCCGGCAGCUGGCGCUGCUCGACUCUGGCUCGGGCAACGGCGAGACCGCCGCCACGCCGCUGCUGCUCGCGCUGGCCGAGCCGCGAGGCCGCUACGUGAGCGCGCUGCGCCGGUUCGAGCGCCGCGUCGCCGUCGCCAACCGAACGAACGAGGUACCUGAACCGCGCCGCUCUCGCCUCUGGGCACAGCCGGCGCUCCGCCACGCUCGGCGCGGGCGGCGGGCGGCGGGAUGA